UACUUUAUGUGAACUUGAUUCUAUCCCUCUGUUAAUGCAGCUUAGGAUUGUGUUGGCUUUUUGGGCAGUGCAAACCAGCUUCUUGUCCCAGUUGGAGGUGGUUAAUAGUACUCCACCUCCUUCCUGUGCACAUUUUGUUCCCUCCCUCUCUUUCCUGUUUAGUUUUAUUUUAAUUCAUUUUAAAAUUUAAGAUUCUUACUUAUUGUUUUAAUGUUUUAUAGUGCAUUGUAUUCAAUGUUUAUAAGCUGCUUGGACUUGCCUUUCAUGAGAGGGGUGGUAUACAAGUUUGAUGGAUGGAUGGAUGAAUUUGUAAGCCACUCUUGGUUAUCAAGAAGUCAAGUGGCCUCAACAUUGGAUUAAAUAAAGUCUGCUGGGUGGAGAUAUGAUUUGUAUUUUUACUUGCUGAGUCCAGAAAUUCUUUUUUUGCCCUUGUCAUUUAUGUACUGCCCAUACCCAGUGAAGACAGAAUGCAGUGCUGAACCUGGAUCCAAUUUUAAAGGAAGUUUGGCAUUUGGUAGACUAGGUGACCUAUAAGGGCAGCAUAGCAUUAAUUAUAUAAUAUACUGUUGUAUUUUUUAUCAUGAAAGAUGGAGAAAAUCUUGUUUGUAACAUAUUCUGGUUAAUGCAAAUGGUUUGGUUGCAUUAAAAUCUAUAUUUUUUCAUAAAAUAAGUUCCAAAAUGAUUUAAGGUAUGUGUCUUUAUAUAAAUGUACUUCUUAGAUGGUGUCAUAUAUUAUGAAUCCUUUAAUAAGAAACAAGGCAACAUUUUGUGGACUUUCCAGUUGAGUAGAGUCAGGUCUGGUUGAUAUUUGGAAAAGCAAAGCUGCAAAUUAGAUUGGCGAGAAAUUAAUAGAUGAAGGCAACAUAAGCUAUUUCUAUAGCAUUAUAAAGAAAGUGUUGAUUUGACACGGAUCAGUUUUCAGAUAUCCUGUGAGGGUAUAAAAUUCAGGGGGUGAGCUUGUACCUUUUUUUUUAAAAAAAAAAAAUAGAGAUGAUGAAACACAUUCCAAAAAUACACCAUUCUGUUUCUCAAGUAGCGGUCAUCUACCGAGUAAGUUAAAUCAUUUUUGAAUUCUACGUAAAUUAUAGUACAGUCAUUUUGAGUCUUUUCCAGAAUUCAGUAGGUGAGUAUAAUGCUUAAUACAGAUAUCUGUUUGCUCUUUUGCUUUCCUUUUUUGUAAGUAGAGAAUUUGACCAGAAAUAUGCUUGUGCGGGAGGAGAAAAUAAAAACAGAGCUUGGCAAUAUGCAGAUUAUUCUUGGAACAGAUGGAAAUGACUUCACGUACAUAGUGAUGUAUAGAAGUGUAAUGGUAUGUGAGAAUGACCUUGAGAGACAAGGAGAAAAUACGCUGCCUAGGAAACGAUCAGACAAGAAGAAAGAGCCCCCACUUCUUAAUGGCUGGAGAGAGAAAUUUAGGAAGGACCUGCACUGUUAAAAGUGGUGACAGGAUUCUUUCAGAUUUGCAAGAUUCUGUUAAGGUAGCCUUAUAAUAAAGUAGAAUUAGCUCACUUGGUCUUUGUCAGGCUUACCUGGGAGGGCUGAUGAGCAAAAACUGACAAUAAAUGUUUAAAUCUUCUUACAUGCUCCAUGAACUCACAUGAGAAGUACAUAUUUUUUAAAAAAACUUAUAUGUUUCUUAACUGGAAAUUAUCGUCUGUACCUGUAAAUAAGAAUUUUGAUAAUCAUAUAUUCAGUAAAAGAAGGACUAGAUUUGAAAAGGAAGCAGGUUGUAGCUAAAUGGAUAGAAAGGCUAAGUGGAUAGAAAGAAUCUGUCUUUUACAACCUACAGUGUUGAGUAAUUCUUUUUAGUAUUUUUUUAAAUGACUUCUAAUAUCUUUCAAACCUUUUUGAAUAUUAUUUGGCAGAAGGACAAUCCAUAGGCAGAAGAAAAGUGAAAUAAUCACCCAGCUGGUUAAAAAUCAAGAACAGGAGGCCAGACGAUUAAAAGAAAAGUGCUUAAAAAUGAGAAGAGGAUUUACAGUAUAUACUCAGCCUCUCAUAACCUUAUUUACAGCUCUGGGUUUUCCUGGAUGUGUCUUGUCAAAGAACUGACUGACCAGGUCUGAUUGCAUGUUUUGGGGUCCAGAAAAGAUAAAGUUGAAUUCUGAUUCCUGAGGAAACAGAAGUAUCUUCCCUGCCAGUUAACCCUCAAUAUCCUCAUGCAAAUCCUUUUCCUCACCCUCUUCCGUCUAAACUGAGGACGUGGAUUCCACCACAGCUCAAGCUUUUGCUUUCCAAUUUCAGAAGAAGAUGGGCUCAUUCCGAAAGCCCCGGCCACGUUUCAUGAGCUCCCCGGUGCUGAGCGAUUUGCCACGAUUCCUGGCAGCUCGGCAAUCUCUGCAGUUCAGAUCUAACUCUGCCUGGAACAGUGUUCAAACAGCAGUGAUCAAUGUGUUCAAAGGGGGAAGCUUGCAAAACAAUGAACUCUACAUCCUCAAUGAAAAUGUCAGGCAAUUGUUGAAGAGUGAGCUUGGAUCCUUCAUCACAGACUAUUUUCAGAAUCAGCUUCUUGCAAAAGGUUUGCUAUACGUAGAAGAAAAAGUUAAGUUUUGUGAAGGAGAAGAUCGUAUCUAUGUAUUAUCUGAAACUUGGGAUCACUUCUUCACAGAAACUCUUCCCACACUACAGGCUAUAUUUUACCCUGUUCAGGGUCAAGAAUUGACCAUUCGUCAGAUUUCCUUGCUUGGCUUCCGAGAUUUCGUCUUAUUAAGAGUAAAGUUGGAUGAGAUUCUUCCUUUGGUCCAAAGUAACCUUCCAUCCUCCAUUAUUCAGAUGCUGUUGAUUUUACAGGGAGUCCAUGAACCUACAGGUCCCUCUAAGGCCUUUAUGCAACUAGAAGAACUUGUGAAACUGGUAGUUUCCCCAUACCUUGGUUUGUGUGAAGAACAUUGCUUCCCUGGCAGUACCUGUGCCCUGGAGAGACGGUAUUACAGAUCUCGUUACAAACCCAAUGGGCUAAGCAUCUCUUCUCACACAGUGGCAACCCGGCAGGUCAGUGAGACCGCCUUGACACCCCUGACUGAACAGGAAGGUGAGGCUUACCUUGAGAAGUGUGGGAGCAUCCGUCGGCAUACAGUCGCCAAUGCUCAUUCUGAUAUCCAGCUGUUGGCCAUGGCUUCCAUUAUGCACUCAGGCAUGCUAGCAGAAGAACCAGACAAUGGCGACCAGUGUCUCCUUUUGCAGCCCAGUUUGAACCACAGACAGUUUUCUAGUGAGCCCAGCAUAGCAGACGGACCAGAAGAACUGGCCACCCCAGACAUGGAGGAACCCACAGAACUGAACUGCACAUCUGUCUGUUGAAACAGAGGAAAAGAACACUCCUGCACAGCAAAGCAAGCUGAUGUUACUUUUCAUGCUGCUUAGAUCAAGAACUAGAUCCACAGGGCACAUCCUGAAGCUGAUUGUGUUCUUAGGGCUCUAAUAUUAUGAGGGUCCUUUCUGUGGACUACAAAGGUACAAAGUUGUUUCAACUGAAACUUUCCAGUGUUGUCUCAGAGCAAUGGUUUCUCAGAGUUUGCUUUUCCAGCUAGGUUUUCAUACUCUCAGUUGCAUUCACUUUUUGUCCCAUCCAGAGGGUGAAUACUGUAAUGCCAGUUUUAUUUUGCCUUGCAGAUUAGGGAGAUGAACUCUAUGUAUUAGGGACAGGCAGUUAUUUCUUCUCUCCUGCAAUGUCUUGUGAUAAACACAAGUUAUAAAAUCUUCAAGGUUGUUGCAGUGGUGCAUUCCUUUGUAGGACAUUCUCAUUAUCUGGUGUAGAUUUAAAUUAUAAAAAUAGGAACAGUAAAACUUCUUCCACUCUCUAGCAUUAGAGCUGCUCAGAGUAACACAUUCUAAUCUGGGUGAAUGAAAUAAAAUGAAAACAGUAGCCUAAAACAAAACUACUGUGGCUAGCAUAUUGUUUUGAUGUUUUGAAUGCAGUACAUCUCAGGGAUUAUUCAAAUUAUUUUCAGAAAACUAUUAAAAGCAUUUUUAGGGAAGGCAACUUACUGCUUGCCAAAAACACCACCAGUGCUGAACUGGUCAGCAAGCAAUAAUGAAUUUGAGCUACUGGAGAGAUUACCUUCUAUAAAUUAGGGGUUGCUGGGUUUAAGACUGAAAUACCUUUUAUUAAUAACAACAAUGAAAUAAAUGUUGCUUUUGCAUUAGUGCGGUGAUAGCAGACAGAACCCCUUUGGCUGGUGGGAAUAGCCUUUAUUGUAGGAAACCCUUCAAAACCCUGCAAAAAUUCUAUACAGAACAGGGAAUAUUCACGACUGCCUUAAUGAUUGACUACUGCAAAUAUCAGGAUCAAGUUAAAUGAAUUUUUUGGAACUGGUAUAGUGAUGCUGCCUUCAGACUGUUAGCUUCCAUUUCUGGAAAUAUUUCCAUACACCUUUGGAAUCCAACCCAUUAUUUAAUAAACAGGAUAGAGAGAGAAUAUUUUAAGUUUUGUGGCUAGUUGUCUUCUUCCUGCAGGUCUCUUGAUAUUGAUGGGGUAAGGGCCUUUAGUAUCUAGAAUUGAUAGGGUUGGUUUUUUUAAAAUCCAGUUUCCUAAUAUAAUUUUCAUAUAGAUAAUGCUUCUUUGGCAGUGUUUCCCUUUUGAUGGAAGUCAUUAAUAAUCCAAGAAGAAGGCAAAUUUCUACAUAUAGCUGCAGAUAAAGGAGUGCUAUUGGUGUCUUGGCAUAAUGCUACUGUAGCUUAUUUAGAUCUUCGAACGGUAAAAAUAAUUGCAUUAUGCAAAAAUAAACAAACAAAAACAAACAGAAUAAAAUCUGUGUGGAGAAUGUAGGAUGUAUGCUUUUCCUGCCAGCUCUAAGACUCCAAAAUAAACAUUUAACAAAUGCUG